AUGAAACAAGGAAUAUUUAUACUUUUGGUUGCUCUACAACUUUCUUCUCAGGAACCUGAACGUCCUUCUGCUGACUCGCCGGCUGUUGUAAUAGAAAAUAAGUAUGGACGUUUAUCACCGGGAUGUAAGACGGAAAUACUAAAACAAAUGCAACAAGUAUGCAAGGUUCAAGACAGGUCCAAUUUUUAUCCGUCGUUAGGUGGCUGCGCCGUCUACUGUUAUAACGACCGAACUGACGGGAUCAGAGUGACUCUGCGCAAUGGCUUGCCUUGUGGAAGCGAUGGCCAGAUUUGUAAAAACGGGGAAUGUGUCGAUGCGCCCAAUAGCUGCGAGAUCGACUACUUCUUUCCUUAG